CUUACAAACAUUUUAAUAAGGAACAGCAGCCUUAAAAUUACGGCCAAAUUAUAAUUCAAACAUAAGAGAGUUAAAAGGAAAAAUAAUAAUUAAAAAUAACUAAUAAGAUGGUGUUUGGAUGACAAGAAAAUAUUUUGAGUAAAACAUAUACAAAAGAAUUAUUAGCAUUUAAAAUCAAUAUAUAUUAAACAGUGUUUUAAUUUAAUAUUUAUUUUCAUGAUAUUUCAGCUUCUAUUUUUAUGCUUUUAAUCUAAUAAUAAUAAUAAAAAUAACAAUAAUAAUAAUAAUUAUAAUAAUAAUAAUUUAAAAGUAAAAACACUCAUUCAAAAUUGCUGAAUAUUUAUUUGAAAUUUAAUAAUGUUAAAUUCGAUAGUUUGUAAGAAUAUUGUUAUCUUUUAUUUUAUAGUUUAGCUCAACAGUAAUGACAUUGUUGUUAAGACGAACGGUAAGUCCAUUCAUCUGAUUAUAGCUUGACCAGCAGCCGUCGUCCCUGACCUCUGGUCAUGUCGUUCUAAACAUAACUCGCACUGAACAUGAUCGUAAAGUGCUUAUACUUUGUAAUUACUGUUUUGUUGGGAUUAUCUGUGUAUUCAAAGAUUUCACCAGCGCUGUCCAUCAUACUGUGGGGGGUUCGUGGUGGUACACAUGCUUUUCUGGGCAAAGUAAGAACAAAGUGAAGAGACCCUUUAAAAACUAUCUAUUUACCCCAUCUUCCCCCCCCCCCAAACCGCUACCCCCACCGUAUAAGGGUCCCAGUACACAUGGUUUCAAAGAUUUCACCAGCGCUGUCCAUCAUACUGGGGGGGGUUCGUGGUGGUACACAUGCUUUUCUGGGCAAAGUAAGAACAAAGUGAAGAGACCCUUUAAAAACUAUCUAUUUACCCCAUCUUCCCCCCCCCCAAACCGCUACCCCCACCGUAUAAGGGCCCCAGUACACAUGGUGGUACUUUAGUUUUCACUUAACUCGAAAGAGCCCUUUCGAAAUAUUUUAGAUACAUAUAAAAAACAAUUAUUUUUUUUAGAAUGUGUCCUAAUGAAAUUGCCUAAUGAUAAAAGCCAGAGAGUUCGUGUUUUCAACGAUUACCAUUUGGUUCUCUCUGUCACGAAAGAAAUAAUUUUUUUAAACACUCUGGCCAUUUCAGACAUUUCAGUAAAUUUGUUGAUGAAGGAUUUGUAAACGUGUGCUCCAGUUCCAUCAAAUUUUUUUAGGAGCCUGUCAAUUUUGAUAUACUUACUUUGUUUUUGGUUAUUAUUUAGCUCGAAUAAGAAUAGUGAAGUUUGCAACCCCCGUCUCCCAGAGUGCGGAGGGUUGACUGGUAGUGUGAGACAGACGAAAAACCCUUUAGUAUGCCUAAAAAGGGGGGGGGGGGGGGGGGGGGGGGUGUUGGCGUUGGCGGGAAAAAAGUGUAGCAAGGCACCUCCCAGGUCAGUGGCGUGCUUGUAGUGUGGGUCUUUGUAUUAGAAAUUGUCACACUGUCUUCGCCCCCCCUCCCUCCUUUUUUUUUUCUUUCAGCACGAAGGUAGAUCCCACGAUCGUGAAUUAAACUGCUGAAUGAUAAUUGUGUUCCAGUGACGGGUGGGUGCGAGUAGCUGGGAGUUCCACUGCACGACAGUUUACAGUUUGGAGGCCGAAGAUUAAUUUAUCGGAGGCAAACCGAUAACUGGUGAGACUACUCCAGACGCUACACUGGUCAAGUGUGUGAUUCUACUACACAGAGGAGUUGUCUCAAGCUCUGUGGACAGACAACUCUUGUUGCAAGCUCUUUGGAAAGACAACUCGCCAGGUAGGCGUUUCAUUUCUUAUUUUAAGAUCUAUGUAUGUCUCUUGUAAAAAGAUCUAUGUAUGUCUCUGGUAAAUUAAGUUAAAAUUAUGGCUUCUUUCGAAGUUACCAUCUUCUUACUGGGUUCUGUCAAAACACAUUUUAUAGAAAAUAUCCAUAAUUAAGUCCUAAUAAUAGAACAUGAAUUUCAUUAAAACGAUCGAUUGGUCGAAGUAGACAAGAAAUCAUCGACUAAUUUCAAUCAAUAUUAAGAAUUUUAAGCAACACAUUUCUUUCUUGGUGUGUUCAUGGAAAAAAAAGCAGAUCAAAAUAGAAGCUAACAAUAAUUGUUUAACAAAAUAUAUGUAUCUUAUUUUUGUCUGCAAUGAUCCGAGUUUCGUAAACGUAUGAGAACCGCUACAACACAGUAACACGAGAGUAGAAGCUUAAACAAAAAUAUUUGAUACUUGACCUUUUUAAGGGUUAUAAAGUUGAUACACGUUACUGAUAAUCAGUUGUUAGCAGUCCCUUUUUUUUUCUCUUGCAGGGCGAAGUUCAAAAUAAAAUAGCAGAACACACACAGCACAUCUAACGGGCUGCAUUUCUUUCACUCCAAGCAAAUGUGAAACGAUUCAAACAUUAUUAAAGACACACUCAGCGCUUGAAGUUCUGGGCCAUAAUCAUUCUUUUUUCAUUGCGGCCCGGCGUUGUAGGUGCUAAAUAUGUCAAUUUAUUUUUGCUAAGUCAACAUAGAUGUUAUAUAAGUUAACAAAACACACAAAGCUAAUUUUAGCAGAUAAUUUUUUCAAAGAGUUAUUACUUAAUAAGUUACUGGUCGGCAACUAUCCUCUAGAUCAGUGUUUCUCAAACUUUCGGCAUCGGUGGAACCCCCGCCUAAAAAAAAUGCAUUUACUUUAAUAAAAAUAUAAAAAAAUAUAUAUUUAAAAUAUAUUUAUUCCUUCGCAGUGCGUAAACCCCCCCCCCAACCCGCUUCCAACCAGGCUCUUCCCCCGGGUGAACGCGUAACACACUUUGGGAACCACUGCACUAGAUGGCAGGUCUUAUAACAUUGACUUUAAAAUGAAUUUAAGGAGGGAAGUGUGUAAUGUUUCUAGACGCCUUAAUCAAUAAAGCCACAUCUCUAGACAUUCAACUGUUAUGGUGUUGUUCCUUUUCAAUGACACAAAUCAUUGGUAAGAUAAUAAUCUUUCAAAUCAUUUUCAACACAUAAUUAAAUACAAAUUUUUAACAAGACAACAUUUAGCACUAACAAUGAUUUAAAAUCAAGCUAUCUAAAGUAUUUCUCUAUAGCGCAGCAAUCAGCUAUGAAUCAAUUCAUUAAGUGACAAAAUGACUUAUUAGUGAUCAUUUAUUAGAUUUGCAAUCGCUGUGGAAAACGUGCGGGUUAAAUCGUACAGACUGUGGAGACAAAGACAUUGCGUAUCUUUUGGUCCUAACAUUGAGAGAAAGAAUUCGACCUGAUCGAGCUGAUCUAAGGUGUACAAUGUGAUGAGGAGGGGGGGGGGGCGCAUCAUCCAAAAAUUCUUUUAGGUUUUUAACAACAGCAUUUUCUUCUUCAAAUAGUUAUGGGUGUGUUAAGUUGAUGGGAUAUUAAUAGAAGCUUUCUUGAAUUCCCACACCAGCAGGUAACACUGAAGUUCAGUAGGCUCCUCCUUGGUGUGCUCUUGGAAUAAGGGUAAUAGCAUGUUUCAUUUCAGUGAUCUGAGAGACUUUAUAUUUGUGUUUUUGCAGAAAAUUUUGAUAUUCCUAAAAAUGGAGGGAUGCAUGGCAGUGGAGUUGAUGAUGGGAAAAACCAUCAACACUUGCGUAGUAAGGGGGCAAAUGGGGCGGUCUGCCCCCACAGCGGCAAAGUUUUUUUCUUUACCUAACGGGUGUCCUUUUUACAUUUUCAGCCAAUGCCAGAGUUUCUUUUACGAUCGCGGGGAAAAAAGUGUGUGUGAGGGGGGGGGGAUAUUAGCCUAACCCGGGUGACCCUUAAAGUAGCCACUAAAUCGCCAAUCCUCUUCCUCAAAGAUUAUGGUUGUGAUUUAAGGUAAAUGAAAUUACAUUUGAUAUUUUAUCUAAUGAUAUAUUUAAAUAACAAUGACCUUACAAAGUAUUUCUUCUUCCUUUCAAUAGCAAAUCGAAGAUGACUUCCCCUUCUUAUGGACAAUAUAAUCUGCUUCUGGUGGGAAGAACAGGAAAUGGUAAAAGCUCAACCGGGAACUCGAUUCUCGGUGAACGUGCCUUCAUUCCCGGAAACGGAAAUAGUGAUGACGUCAUGGAAUUUAACUCGGCGCUCGUUGAUGGGUUUCAUAUCCAAGUGUUGGAUGGAACAGGCACCGGCGACACAGGAAGUGACGCCAAACGUGACGUCCAGUCUCUCCUAACACACAUCAGGGAAACAUUGUGGAGAUAUGUGCUGAACGUUCACGCCAUUAUCCUCGUGCUGAAGUACGGCGUACGGUUCACCAAGCAAGAGAAGGACGCCGUGGAACUGAUCAAGUCCGUCUUCGGCAAGAACGUCCUGAAGAAAUGGGGCGUCCUCGUUAUGACGCACGGGGACAAUUUCGAGAUGGACAAUGAGGAUGAGAACGGGACUUUUGAAGACUGGUUGAAAGAACAAAUAGGGGACAUUCAAACUUUGAUCACAGAAUGCGAUAACAGGUGCGUGCUCUUCAACAACAGGGAAAAAGACGAGGAUAAAAAGCGAGUUCAACGCCAUAAUCUCAUGGAAAAGGUCAAGGCCAUCAAAGACGAGCCGUACACCGAAAGAGUAUUCCAGGAGGCGCUAGAAGGACACACUAAAAUAUUAGUGCAGAGCUAUAUUCCAAGGUUACAGAGCCGCGUAAACGAAAUAAUUGAUAAAAUCAACGGGCAAGUUGCGAUUAUCCAACACCGCAUGACAAGUCACCCCAGCGAUUGCAUUGACAAGCUCCAAAAACUGUCCAGGGAACUCGAGUCCCAAAAGCUAUACUUAAACCAAGAAGACCGAGGUACUGGAUUAGUUAAGCCCAUGUUACUGCAGAUCAGCGUGGCGGAGAUGAGCCUGGAGUCGAGCAGGAAGAGAUGCCAGCAGUUGGUCGAAGAAGAGAGUCACAGCACGGUGCUUCCGGUGCCAGCUGCUGAGCACAACGUCACGUUCAGACCCGCGGAGGAAUUUCACGCGACGAGCAGGCCGACGAGGAGGAGCUCGUGGCGUUUCUCGUGGUCAUCAAAAGAAUGCCUGGCCACCGCGGGUGUCGUCGUUAUAGUUGUCAGUACCGUGACGCUCGUAUUUGCUUCGAGGUACGCCAAUUUUUAACGACCGAACAGCGAUGAGCACAGUAUUUGACAAAACAAACAGUACAGAGAAUAAUGCGUUACUUUUUCGAAGGACUUUCCAAACUGCUCUACGUGUACAAUUAAGACCAAAAUCAAACAAACAAUCGACAUCUUAAAGGGCGUAGAGAGUCUUCACCAGACAUCCUAAAGGAGUCAAGUUUAACAGAAGGCUUUAAAGACUUGGUUUAUUUAAGUGCACAAAUCUCAAAUGCUUCUUUGUGAUUUUUUCCCCCUUCUUCUGAAAUGAAAGAGUAUACCACCCAUAAGUUUUAACUUGUUUAUCGUGAAAAAUCCCAUCCGUUUGUUUAUCUAAAUAAUCCCAUUUAUCUGCCUAUCGAGAAAUCCUAUUUAUUUUUUUUAUGUUCAUUAAUUAAUAAAAAAAAAAUUUCAACCAGAUUGCCGAAAAUGGAAAUUGUUUCUCAAAAUUGAAGAACAAUUACUGACCAAUAGAAUACUGGCAAAUGCAGAGUUUUUUUUAAAUUUUAUUUGUUUAAAUAAAGAGGCAAGGGGCAGUUCUAUAAAAAUAUGAAUUCAAAGAAAUUAUUCGUGGUUUGAUUUUUUUUACUCUGCCAAAAAAAAAAUUAAUUUAUUCAAAUGUUAGAUUUUUAAAAUUUCUCAUAAGUUUAUUUGUUUUGAUUGCACAAUAAACAAUGAAUCUGUUUUGUUUCAAA